GCGCGCCGACCCCUCCUCCCGCGCCGCGGUCGCCUCCCUCCUCGCCGGGGAAAGAUGCCCUUAGCGCAGGGCUGGGGAGACGGGGGUGAAGGAACCGCCCGCGCCGCCGCUCGUGUCCUCUGAGUCCCGGAGAGCAGCCCGCGCCAGGGCGUCGGGAGCGCGGGCGGGCGGCCGCGGCGCGGGUGAGGGGAGACCGGGCCUCGGCGCGGCCCAGCGGCGCACGGCGACCACCGACAUGCAGCGGGCUCGGUUGGCCGAGUAGCCGCCGCUGCCGAUCCCGGGCCGGGGCCGCCGCCGUCGUCUCUCGUUUGGCCGGCUGCCGCCAGGCCCCUGGAGACGAGGGGAGAAGAUGAGUCUCCACCGGAAUCCGCUGGAAACGGGACCGACUGCAGAGCCUUAGAUACGAGGACCGCGGGCGGAGAAGGAGCCGCCUCGGGCCGCAUUCGGGGCCGUUGGGGCCUCGCGCCUCCCGCCGCCGGAGGCCUCCGCUGGUGCGGAAUCCGAGGGGCGGUGGGCAGGGUUUGCGGCAGGAUUCCUGCUUUUCCCUCCCCCGAUAAAGGUCCUGGUUUUUUCCUCCCUUUUUCAUUUUCCUUCUUCCUGGGAAGAGAAUUGCUGAUGCAGAUCGGACUUAAAUCAUUAAUGGUGCAACCGGAUUCGUUUCAGGAUUAUGUUGCACGAGUUGAAUUUUGAAUUAAGGCGAGGAGUUUGUUUUUCUUUUAAAUAAGUGCUGACCCUUUGGCUCGCUGUCUUUUUAAUUAUUAUUUUAUUUAAAUAUACGACUUAAUUGUAUUAUUCUUUUUAAGAUGUAUUAAAAAUAUUUUAUGGUAACUUUCCCUCAAAAUACAUGUAUAUGUGCGAAAUUGAAGACGCUUCAGUUAAGUGAGGUAACCGGUGUGCUGGAUGUUUAAUUCGGCGCCGGCAUCGCAUGACAGCUGUUUGAAUAACAAGUGGUUUAUUUUUAAAACCACACCUCUUAAAAUUUAGGUUCAAAUAAUCAAAGUAAAAAACGUAAUAAUAAUUUAAAGGAAAGUCGGCAGAAAUUGAAGCAAACAUGUCAGGGGAAGUGCGUUUGAGGCAGUUGGAGCAGUUCAUUCUGGACGGGCCGGCUCAGACCAAUGGGCAGUGCUUCAGCGUGGAAACCUUACUGGACAUACUUAUCUGCCUUUAUGAUGAAUGCAGUAAUUCUCCAUUGAGAAGAGAGAAGAACAUUCUUGAAUACCUGGAAUGGGCUAAACCAUUUACUUCUAAAGUGAAACAAAUGCGAUUACAUAGAGAAGACUUUGAAAUAUUAAAGGUGAUUGGUCGAGGAGCUUUUGGAGAGGUUGCUGUAGUGAAACUCAAAAAUGCAGAUAAAGUAUUUGCCAUGAAAAUAUUGAAUAAAUGGGAAAUGCUGAAAAGAGCUGAGACAGCAUGUUUUCGUGAAGAAAGAGAUGUGUUAGUGAAUGGAGACAAUAAAUGGAUUACAGCUUUGCAUUAUGCUUUCCAGGAUGACAAUAACUUAUACCUGGUUAUGGAUUAUUAUGUUGGUGGGGAUUUGCUUACUCUGCUCAGCAAAUUUGAAGAUCGAUUGCCUGAAGAGAUGGCCCGAUUUUACUUGGCUGAGAUGGUGAUAGCUAUUGAUUCAGUUCAUCAACUGCAUUAUGUACACAGGGACAUCAAACCUGACAAUAUAUUGAUGGACAUGAAUGGACAUAUUCGGUUAGCAGAUUUUGGUUCUUGCCUGAAACUGAUGGAAGAUGGAACGGUCCAGUCCUCAGUGGCUGUUGGAACUCCAGAUUAUAUCUCUCCUGAAAUCCUUCAAGCCAUGGAAGAUGGAAAAGGCAGAUAUGGACCUGAGUGUGACUGGUGGUCUUUGGGGGUCUGUAUGUAUGAAAUGCUUUAUGGAGAAACACCAUUUUAUGCAGAAUCUCUCGUGGAGACAUAUGGAAAAAUCAUGAAUCACAAAGAAAGGUUUCAGUUUCCAGUUCAAGUGACUGAUGUGUCUGAAAAUGCCAAAGAUCUUAUUCGACGGCUUAUUUGUAGCAGAGAACAUCGACUUGGUCAAAAUGGAAUAGAAGACUUUAAGAAACACCCAUUCUUCAGUGGAAUCGAUUGGGAUAAUAUUCGAAACUGUGAAGCACCUUAUAUUCCAGAAGUUAGUAGCCCAACAGAUACAUCAAAUUUUGAUGUGGAUGAUGAUUGUUUAAAGAAUUCUGAAACGAUGCCCCCACCAACACACACUGCAUUUUCUGGUCACCAUCUGCCAUUUGUUGGUUUUACAUAUACUAGUAACUGUGUUCUUUCUGAUAGGAGCUGUUUAAGAGUUACUGCUGGUCCCACAUCACUGGAUCUUGAUGUUAAUGUUCAGAGGACUCUAGAUAACAACUUAGCAACAGAAGCUUAUGAAAGAAGAAUUAAGCGCCUUGAGCAGGAAAAACUUGAACUUAGUAGAAAGCUUCAAGAGUCAACACAGACUGUCCAAGCUCUGCAGUAUUCAACUGCUGAUGGUCCACUAACAGCAAGCAAAGACUUAGAAAUAAAAAACUUAAAAGAAGAGAUUGAAAAGCUAAGGAAACAAAUAAGAGAAUCAAGUCACUUGGAACAGCAACUUGAAGAAGCUAAGGCUGUAAGGCGAGAGCUGGAUGAUGCUUUUAGACAAAUCAAGGCUUAUGAGAAACAAAUCAGAGCAUUACAACAAGAACGGGAGGAAUUAAAUAAGGAACUAGUCCAGGCUAGUGAGCGAUUAAAAAACCAAUCCAAAGAGCUGAAAGACGCACACUGUCAGAGGAAACUGGCCAUGCAGGAAUUCAUGGAGAUCAAUGAGCGGCUAACAGAAUUGCACACCCAAAAACAGAAACUUGCUCGCCAUGUCCGAGAUAAGGAAGAAGAGGUGGACCUGGUGAUGCAAAAAGUUGAGAGCUUAAGGCAAGAACUGCGCAGAACAGAAAGAGCCAAAAAAGAGCUGGAAGUUCAUACAGAAACUGUAGCUGCUGAAGCAUCUAAAGACAGGAAACUGCGUGAACAAAGUGAGCACUAUUCUAAGCAACUGGAAAAUGAAUUGGAGGGACUGAAGCAAAAACAAAUUAGUUACUCACCAGGGGUAUGUAGCAUAGAACAUCAGCAAGAGAUAACCAAGCUAAAGACUGAUUUGGAAAAGAAGAGUAUCUUUUAUGAAGAAGAAUUGUCUAAAAGAGAAGGUAUACAUGCAAAUGAAAUAAAAAAUCUGAAGAAAGAACUGCAUGAUUCAGAAGGCCAGCAACUUGCUCUCAACAAAGAAAUUAUGAUUUUAAAGGACAAAUUGGAAAAAAACAGGAGAGAGAGUCAAAGUGAAAGGGAAGAAUUUGAAAAUGAGUUCAAACAACAGUACGAACGAGAAAAAGUGUUGUUAACUGAGGAAAAUAAAAAACUGACAAGUGAACUCGAUAAGCUUACCACUUUGUAUGAGAACUUAAGUAUGCACAACCAGCAGUUAGAAGAAGAGGUGAAGGAUUUAGCAGACAAGAAAGAAUCAGUUGCACAUUGGGAAGCCCAAAUCACAGAAAUAAUUCAGUGGGUCAGUGAUGAAAAAGAUGCACGGGGCUAUCUUCAGGCCUUGGCUUCUAAAAUGACUGAAGAAUUAGAAGCAUUGAGAAGUUCCAGCUUGGGUACAAGAGCAACGGAUAUGCCCUGGAAAAUGCGUCGUUUUGCAAAACUGGAUAUGUCAGCUAGACUGGAAUUGCAGUCAGCUCUGGAUGCAGAAAUAAGAGCUAAACAGGCCAUCCAGGAAGAGCUAAAUAAAGUUAAAGCAUCUAACAUCAUAACGGAAUGUAAAUUAAAAGAUACUGAGAAGAAGAACUUGGAACUACUGUCAGAAAUCGAACAGCUGAUAAAGAACACUGAAGAGCUUAGAUCUGAAAAGGGUAUAGAGCACCAAGACUCACAGCAUUCUUUCUUGGCAUUUUUGAAUACGCCUACCGAUGCUCUGGAUCAAUUUGAAGAUUCCUUUUCUUCUUCCUCAUCUUCACUGAUUGAUUUUUUGGAUGACCGCUCUCCAUCCUGUACUGCAGCUAGCAAAGGCAGACGUACUGAUCCUGUUGAGAGCACACAUGUAUGGAAUCCGAAUGUCAAGUUUUACAUCCAGUCAAGGUCCACAUGUAGUGAAGCUGAGUCACUUAAGAUUGUAGACUCUACUCCUCUUCCAGUUCACACACCAACCUUAAGGAAAAAGGGAUGCCCUGGUUCAACUGGCUUUCCACCUAAGCGCAAGACUCAUCAGUUUUUUGUUAAAUCUUUUAUGACACCCACCAAAUGUCAUCAGUGUACCUCUUUGAUGGUGGGUUUGAUAAGACAGGGCUGUUCCUGUGAAGUGUGUGGAUUCUCAUGUCAUAUAACUUGUGUAAACAAAGCUCCAACUGCUUGUCCAGUUCCUCCUGAACAGACGAAAGGGCCCCUGGGUAUAGAUCCACAGAAGGGAAUAGGAACAGCGUAUGAAGGUCAUGUCAGGAUCCCUAAGCCAGCUGGAGUGAAGAGAGGAUGGCAGCGGGCCCUCGCUGUGGUCUGUGACUUCAAGCUCUUUCUGUAUGACACUGCUGAAGGAAAAGCUUCACAGCCCAGUGUUGCAGUCACUCAGGUUAUUGACAUGAGGGAUGAAGAAUUUUCUGUGAGUUCAGUCUUGGCUUCUGAUGUUAUUCAUGCAAGUCGAAAAGAUAUACCCUGUAUAUUUAGAGUCACAGCUUCCCAGCUCUCAGCAUCUAGUAGCAAAUGUUCGAUCCUGAUGCUGGCAGAUACUGAGAACGAGAAGAGUAAGUGGGUAGGAGUGCUGAGUGAAUUGCACAAGAUUCUGAAGAAAAACAAAUUCAGGGACCGCACAGUCUAUGUUCCCAAAGAGGCUUAUGACAGCACUCUACCCCUCAUUAAAACAACACAGGCAGCUGCAAUCAUAGAUCAUGAAAGAAUAGCUUUGGGAAAUGAAGAAGGGUUAUUUGUUGUGCAUGUCACCAAAGAUGAAAUUAUCAGAGUUGGUGACAACAAGAAAAUUCAUCAGAUUGAACUCAUUCCAAACGAUCAGCUUGUUGCUGUGAUCUCUGGACGAAAUCGUCAUGUACGACUUUUUGCUAUGUCAGCUUUGGACGGACGAGAGACUGACUUUUAUAAGCUGGCAGAAACUAAAGGGUGUCAAACCAUAACUUCUGGAAAAGUGUGCCAUGGAGCUCUUACAUGCCUGUGUGUGGCUAUGAAAAGGCAGGUCCUCUGUUAUGAACUAUUUCAGAGCAAGACCCGUCACAGAAAAUUUAAGGAAAUUCAAGUCCCUUAUAAUGUCCAGUGGAUGGCAAUCUUCAGCGAACAGCUCUGUGUGGGAUUCCAGUCAGGAUUUCUAAGAUACCCCUUGAAUGGAGAAGGAAGUCCAUACAGCAUGCUCCAUUCAAAUGACCACACCCUAUCAUUUAUUGCACAUCAGCCAGUGGAUGCCAUCUGUGCAGUUGAAAUCUCCAGUAAAGAAUAUCUGCUGUGUUUUAACAGCAUUGGGAUAUACACGGACUGCCAGGGCCGAAGAUCUAGACAGCAGGAACUGAUGUGGCCAGCAAAUCCUUCCUCUUGUUGUUACAAUGCACCGUAUCUCUCGGUGUAUAGUGAAAACGCAGUUGAUAUCUUCGAUGUGAACUCCAUGGAAUGGAUUCAGACUCUCCCACUCAAAAAGGUCCGACCCUUAAACAGUGAAGGAUCAUUAAAUCUGUUAGGGCUGGAGACAAUUAGAUUAAUAUAUUUCAAAAAUAAGAUGGCAGAAGGAGAUGAAUUGGUAGUUCCUGAAACAUCAGAUAAUAGUCGGAAACAGAUGGUUAGAAGUAUUAACAACAAGCGGCGUUAUUCCUUCAGAGUCCCAGAAGAGGAGAGGGUGCAACAGAGGAGAGAGAUGCUACGAGAUCCAGAAAUGAGAAAUAAAUUAAUUUCUAACCCAACUAAUUUUAACCACAUAGCACACAUGGGUCCAGGAGAUGGAAUACAGAUCCUAAAAGACCUUCCCAUGCCGGGUUUCCCUGGUCCGUCCCCUCAUCAUCACUGCGGUCUGAUCUCCUCUCCGAUCAACUUUGAGCACAUCUAUCACAUGACUGUUAAUUCUGCUGAACAGUUUCUCUCUCCUGAUUCCAUAAACCCUGGGUCUCCCCCGUCUCUGCGCUCUGUCCCCGGUACACCAAGCUUUAUGACUCUGAGGAACCCUCGGCCUCAGGAAAGUCGGGCAGUAUUCAGUGGCUCUGUCAGUAUUCCAUCUAUCACCAAAUCCCGCCCUGAGCCUGGUCGCUCCAUGAGCGCCAGCAGUGGCCUAUCAGCAAGGUCAUCUGCACAGAACGGCAGCGCAUUAAAGAGAGAAUUCUCUGGAGGAAGCUACAGCGCGAAGUGGCAGCCCGUGCCCUCCCCGUCCGAGGGCUCACUGUCUUCGGGAGGCAUGGACCAGGGGAGUGAUGCGCCGGCGAGGGACUGUGACGGAGAGGACUCUGAUUCCCCGAGGCAUUCCACCGCUUCCAACAGCUCCAACCUGAGCAGCCCGCCCAGCCCCGUGUCACCCCAGAAGACCAAGAGCCUCUCUUUGGAGAGCACUGACCGCGGGAGCUGGGACCCCUGAACUGCCUCAGUGCUCACGCCUGAUGAGAGCCCUUCCCCGCUGGCUCCCCACCCUGCUCUCCUUUCCUCACCCCCUCCGCCUCUGCCUGGAAGCACAGGGCUGGCAGCAGCCCCAGGGUGGGGGUUCAGGAGUUCUGACUCUGACUCUGUGACUCUCAGAUCCCGUGACCCACACCCCUCCACUUACAGCAGCAGCCGUAAAGGCACACUUCCAUCCCACAGCUUAGAUUCAUACUGAUUCCGUUCCGUACACGAGAGUGACUCUCCAUGCUAUUUUACACCCCUCCCUCCCCGGAAGGUAGCCUAAGUACACAGAUCCCACAAAUGUAAGUGAUAAGAACAAGAUCAGGCAGACUUUGUUUUCACUGUAGAAUCUCAGUCCUGAGAUACCACCUGGGGUCCUGUCGUCCCAGCGCGGCACACCCAGCUCUCACUCAGCACCUGCAGUGAAUGACCGCCUGAUCGGUGCCAGUAAAUCCUUAGUAACUAAAACUGCGUAUUUUACUACAAUACAGAGUUUAAAUACACAAAAGUAGUUAAAUAUUGAAUGUAUAUAGUAAAAAAAAAGUAUCUUGUAUUCAGCAAAAGAUGGAUGCAUAUAUGAGAGAUCAUUUAAUUUAAAGAGAUGUGUUGUUUUCUUGUCUGUCCUCAGACAAGUAAUUUAAAGGGUAGGAAGGCCUCUGGCUGACACUUGCAGGCAUUCAUAGAGGGAGAGCGAGAGGAAUCAGAGUUCCCUUUAGCACCAGUUCUCAAACCGGCUGAGGUCACAGUUACCCAGGAGCUUUAGAACAACUCUCAGAGACUUUGGCUUCCUUAGUUUGGAGUGUGGCCUGGCACAGACUUUUAACAUGGAAAGCCUCUUCAGCAGCAUGAUCAAAAGGCAUAUUUACUUCAAGACAUUUUUCUAUUAGUAGAAUUUGAACCACACUUCUCAAUUUUUAUAUUUUGGUAUCUUCUGCAGAUGAAUGUAGAAAAGCAGUUUUGCCACCUUCCAAUCCCUUCCAUUGAAAGGACACGUGGAAUGUCAUGGCUUCUGGAGGUCCAUAAAAAGGCUCACGAAAGUGCUUCCUUCCUGGGCUAAUCUGCUCGCUGAGUUGCCAUGAGGCAUCUGUCCCCCAGCUGAGCCGGCUUCCCUGGGGAGCUGUCUGUUAUGACAGUGGUGUCAGCUUCCUCAGAUAAGCCUGGGGGGAAAAAAGGUUUAAUUACCAAAUAAUAUAAAACCUCAAGUGCAAGAACUUGAGCAGCCUUAACCAAAUAUUCUCCCACACUCGGUGGAAAAGGACGCGUCCCACCCCAGCAUGCAGGCAGGACAGUAGCCUGGCAUGGCCUCCUUGCCUGGGCCUGAGUUUCCUCCAUCAGUUGCUACAUUGUGCUGUUGGUUACAUUUCCUUUCAAUUCCUGCUGUUUUAAUUACCAAGAGGAAAUGAGCUGCAGAACCAGAAAUUUCUCCAGUCAUUUCACCAGUUAAGCACCUAAGUAGAGAAAGAGGUAGAAAUAAAAGUGACUCAUUUUUAAGAGAAUUUGUCUCAUCUACAUUUCUACAUUUCUCUGAGAAAUAGAAACAGGGUUUUCUGCUCUUUAAGAUCCAGCUCAAAGGAAGAGCCAUGCGUUGCUGAUCUGAGGGCAGCGGUCGAGCCUGUGUUCCGCCUGUGUUCACACCAUCCUCUGAGCCGAGGGCCUUCCCAGCCUGGCCAGAGAGCUGAGCCUUUUCCUGGUUGAUGCUACUCUGAGGAGAAAGCUGCCAGGAGCAGGGAGGGAAGAAAGGAUCCUGCCUGGGGAUUAUGUUGCAAAGGGUUACCAGGGAGAAGUGAAAGUAAUAACAUCUGCCUGCAGGUGUAGUUUAUUUUACUUUGGGCGGGCUUAAUUCACAGCACAAUUCUAGUCAUAAUUCACUGCACAGUUCUCAUCUCCUUCAUCUUUAGGCCUUUGGAAAACCACUUUUGUCCACCCAGAUACUGAGGGUCACACCUUGAGUUUGGUUGUUGCACGUGACCCUGGUAGCUCCUCGAAACUGGCGCUAAUCAGCCCACGGCGAACCGGGCCUGACUAGUGCUGCCCCUCCUCCCUCUGCUGCCCUGGCAGGAUUCGCUCUCCCACUAAGCCAAUAGCUUCUAGUUUUGUCAACCAAGUGUAAACUUUUGUUUCCUGUAGAUGCUGAUUUUUUAAAGGAUGCUUUUAGGAUCAGAAUACCCCCAACCUGAAGAAGCCUGGCCUCCACUGCAGUAGGUCAUAUGGGCAGAUGAGGGAGCCGCUGAGGCUGUAGGGCCGCCAGAUCACUGCACGUGUAGUAGUAGUCUGGUGGGUCACACCACAGUACGUCGUCCUACUAGCUGUAAUGGAGCAGUCCCAAAUAUGAUAGAUUCUAACAGCAGGACUUUGGGAGAAACACUGGGUUUGGGGUUGGGGUUCCUAAGAUAACGGUCAACCCACAGGGCUUAUCCCCACUCUUCAGUAAGAGGCAGUGAGGUUCUGAAAGGAAUGAUUUGAAAAGGUGGGGAGUGGGUUCCAGGGAAACAGGAAAAAUGAUCACUCAAAGGGUCAGAAACACCGAUCAUGGAAAAGGCAAGGUGCUGCUGUCUGCUGUCAAUCUUUCUGUGUAGAAAGUAUUUUUAAAGUAUAUGGCAGCAGGAACUUACUUCUCUAGGAAAAGGAAAAAUAGAUGGAGAAGCAUUUCUGGCUUAGUCUGUAUGUGUUGGUAUUUGGUGCUAUCUAUGUCCAGCCAAUUUGUUGUCUACCCUUGAAUUCUGACUAAUCUAGCCAUGUGUUUUAGGUGUAUAAAAUUAUAUAUACACAUAAAUAUUUUCCUUUUUGCCAAAAACAAAAUACUUCCUCCUCGUCAAAUGAUCACUUUUUUAGCUCGGUGUUUGCCCACACACAUGCACCCACACCAGUCCCUAAGCUUAGGAGUUUGUGUUCUUCCCCAGGGAGCUGUCUCAAGGCCACGAGGUACACUACAAAGGGCCCCAUCCAUUUCGUUUUCCAAGCAGUUCAUAUACCCAAGCUUCAGGGAAGAAUCUGAAAUUCCUGUUACGUUUACAGCAGUCUGUCAUUCCCGGCUUUCUCUCAGCCUCUCUCUGCCUUCCAUAUGGUUACAUUAUGUAAUUUUGUCACUUAAUCACCACAUCUACUUAUGUGAAAGACCGGUUGCAUUUAUAUGAACUCGUAUCAGAAAAGAGCAGGGGGCAGACAUCCCAAACCCCCCAGCUGCAGCAGGGCUGUUUGCCAGCCUUUGAAGUGGUCACACACUGCUAGGUGGGGCUUGGCAAGCUCACCACCCACUGGGCAGAGGCUGCUGCCCGAGUCCGCUGGGCACCACAGGGAAGUCUCUUGUACUGGUCUCCUGAGUUCGUAAGCACCUGAUGUCUCACUGAGUCCAUCUUAAACCCUUUCUUCAUUACAACUAUUAUUCAAGUUCUCUGGGAAGACCCACUAGAGAAGAGGGCCUUGCUUCAGUUGGUGUCUGUCUCCCCUCCCAGCUCUGCCCAGCUGGCCGGCAUUUCCCCACUCCUGGGGCAGCCAUACACGCACGAGACCAUUUCAUUUAUGGGGAUUGACCAAAAGAAAAAAUUCCAUGAAAACAAAAUGACCUGCCUUUUUAUUUGAUAGUGUGAUACCAUUUAUAAAAUGUUUAGGAUUUUUUCUCAUUGUAAUAUUAUUGUACAGUUUUGCAUGGCCUAGGUGUAAUCAUUUUUUUGUUUAGAAUAUAAUGCUGACAAAUAUGUGUGUAUGGAAGGGAAAAAGAUAAUCGCUUUGGCCUCUGAUCACUCCUUUUUUCAUUUUGUUUGGUUUUAUGCCCUCAGUGACUUAGGGAACUUUAUAAGAGAUUCUCUGCUACCAAACAACGGUGUGGAUUCUUUUGCACAGAAAUAUUUAAGGUGGGAUAGUCAAAAAAUGUAAAGGACUCCUUGCUACUCUUUUAUGUUGGUAUCACUUAUUAACCAGACUUUGAUGUAUUGCAAUAAAACAGGGAAGUGUUAGAA